AUGGCAAACGUUGGUGGCCCAACUGAGGGCAAGCGUAAACUGCUGAUGUCAACAGUAAACUCCAUACUGCUUUACGGCUCUGAAGCAUGGGCAGACACCCUGACCAUACAACAAAAAUGCAAAACACUGUUGGCCGUCCAGAGGACGGCGGCACUUAGAGUAACGUCCGCAUACCGGACAGUGUCGACAGCAGCAGUCUUGGUGAUUAGCAGCGAAAUCCCCAUAGAUCUGAAGGCCAGAGAGCGACGGCGCACCUGGCUAAAGCGCCAAAAUAACCAAGAAUCUGACACCGACCCCAGAGAGGAAACUAUGCAACAGUGGCAAGAUCGCUAG